AUGUAUCGGCAAAUACUGAUUGCAGAUCAAGACACUUGGUUGCAAUGCAUUCUGUGGCGAGACAGCCCACAAAAACCACUGAAAGCAUACAGAUUGAUGACUGUCACGUAUGGUGAAGCAUCUUCUUCAUUUUUGGCCUGUAGGGCACUGCACGCAGCAGCCGAAAAAUAUCGAGAGAUAAAUCCAAAAAUCGCUAAUAUUUUUCAACAAUCAUUUCACGUUGACAACCUUAUGAUCGGAGCAUCAACCACUACGGAGUUGAUGAGCAUGAAACAACACAUUGAACAGGCAUUACUGCGCCACGUAUUUCCGCUACGAAAGUGGGCAGCAAACGACAUGAGCGCUCUGGCAGGGAUACCAGAACAAGACUUGGAGCCUCUGAUCCAAGUCGGAGAUCAGAAGGUUAUCAAAAAAUUAGGUGUUGCCUGGAAUCCUAACAAAGACGUAUUCCAGUUCAUCAGUGUCAACGCAACAAGCAAGGCCUUGAAAGUCCUCACCAAGAGACAAAUGGUCUCCAAAAUACUAAGGUUAUACGAUCCAUUGGGCUUAGUACAACCCGUGAUCGUAACAGCAAAACUUUUUAUGCAAGAGUUAUGGACUUACAAUAUUAGUUGGGACGACGAAGUUCCAGACUACGUUUCCAAUGCAUGGAUGAAGUAUGAGGCAUCACAUGCCGAACUGAAACACAUAGAAGUACCUCGGAUGACGAUUCCGAGCCAAACAAUCGUGCUAGACUUGCACGGAUUUAGCGAUGCAUCUGAAAAGGCGUACGGUUGCGCCAUCUAUCUGCACUCAUUCGAUUUGAGGGGCAACGAAAGCACAAAAUUGUUGUACGCGAAAGCAAGAGUGACUCCACUGAAAAAAUUCAUACUACCUCGCCUAGAGCUCUUGGCGGCGCACAGAGGCGUAACUUACUUCAAAUCCUGGCCAAAAUAG